AUGUCCUCCCAGGAUCUGAGCAUCACCGCCAAGCUCAUCAACGGAGGCGUGGCCGGGCUCGUGGGGGUGACCUGUGUGUUCCCCAUCGACUUGGCCAAGACCCGCCUGCAGAACCAGCAUGGCAAAGACAGCUACGCGGGAAUGAUAGAUUGCCUGAGGAAGACGGCGCGGGCAGAGGGCAUUCUGGGCAUGUACCGAGGGGCUGCGGUGAACCUGACCCUGGUCACGCCGGAGAAGGCCAUCAAGCUGGCGGCCAAUGACUUCUUCCGGCAGCUGCUCAUGGAAGAUGGGACUCGGCGGAACCUGAGGAUGGAGAUGCUGGCCGGCUGCGGCGCUGGGAUGUGCCAGGUGGUGGUGACCUGCCCCAUGGAAAUGCUCAAGAUUCAGCUGCAGGAUGCCGGACGCUCGGAAACAGGGAGUGGUAGCAGCCAGCUGCUGCGCACCCAGGGCCUGGCCGGCCUCUACAAGGGUCUGGGGGCCACGCUGCUCAGGGACAUUCCCUUCUCCAUCAUCUACUUCCCGCUGUUCGCCAACCUCAACGGCCUGGGCUUCAACCCGCGAACCGGGAAGGCGCCCUUUGCUCACUCCUUCAUGGCGGGCUGUGUGGCAGGCUCUGUCGCCGCGGUCGCCGUGACGCCCCUGGACGUUCUGAAAACUCGAAUCCAGACCCUCAAGAAAGGCCAGGGCGAGGACAUCUACAGCGGGAUCACCGACUGUGCCAGGAAGCUCUGGCGUCAGGAGGGACCCUCGGCCUUCAUGAAAGGGGCGGGCUGCCGGGCCCUGGUCAUCGCGCCGCUCUUCGGGAUCGCGCAAGGGGUCUACUUCGUUGGCAUCGGGGAGCGCGUCCUCAAGUGUUUGGAGUAA